UAGUAACAGUUUUUGUAUCAAAAAAAUUACAUUCCAGUCCCUUAAGGGGUACGGUACAUAAAAAAAUGGGACUUUUCGGGGGGUUUAAAGCUAAGUUUACUGGCAGCAGCUCGAGUAAAAAUAAACCGCAAGAAAUAGUGUGCCUAAAAUACCACAUACACUCAGAGUUUGAUGCGCCAGACUCUGAAAAAUCCCUACAAGCGAACAGCAUAAAGAAAAACGAGGUGGUCCGCCCUCACUCCAAGAAAAAAGACAGGAAGGCUCUUACCAAAUCAGCGGUUUUCCCCGAGACCCAAACUUUACAAUCAUCGUCGCCUGCUCCAACACCACAGAAAAGCUUAUCCUUAACGAAUCUGAAUAGCGAUACAUCCCCAGCUAUUCACAAACAACAAAAUGGACACGCAGGAUCGAACGACCCUAUCACAGUCUCCACCACAUUCACCGUACCGAGUAACGGCACCAGUGUGGCUGUUUCCGACACUAAAUACAAAAAAACCACUGAAGAACACAACGGCUUGGUUACCGAGAAAGUAGCAGUCGUCACGAACAACCACCUCUAUUCUACAGACCACAGUGUGAGGAACGAACAACACGCUCAGUCUAUUCUGAAAAAGGUGACUACUUAUGACGAAGACGGAACGUUAACAAACGGUGCAGAAUACACGUCUGACACUCAUUUAAAACCCAAGUCUUUUUAUGAAACUCCCGUGAAAGAAAACGGUGGUUUCAAUGACCGAUCAACAUUAACCAACGGUACAGAAUACAUGUCUGACACCUAUUUAAAACCCAAGUCUGUUCCUGAAACUUCCGCGAAAGAAAACGGUGGUUUCAAUGACCAAUCAACCCUGAUUUUCAUGACCCAACACAGCUCCAGAAGCUCCAGUUUCGAUAAAACCAUGGAAAUUGACCACAUAAAUUUCACAAAGAGCUUACCAUUAGACUCAAACAAAUUACAACAGAAAUACAACGAGCCGGCCACGGAUGAAAAUUUCAACAUAAAUUUCGUUCCAAAUCACGUUACAGACGACGAAGUCGACUACUUCAAGAUUAACAUAAUGAAGCACGAUCUGAGCAGAACCUACUCUCGGUCUGAGGACGAACAGUCUCACGACGAAGAAGAGGAGCCUCGUUUCACCAGGAUGGGUUACAGCAGUCAAGCGGCGAGUAUUUUCUUUGGGGAAGGAGAAGAGGCUGAAAUUGCACGACCGAGAAGGAUUCAACUGAUGGAGGAUGACGACGAGAGGCGUAGCAGCGGGGCAGAUUGUUAGUUAUUCAUGUAUUUAUAUGUGUGGGUUUUGUAUGUAAUUCUAGACGAUAAGUUUAAGUUAUAAAUAUUGAAAAAUAAAAGUUUUUUUUACAUAA